AUGCAGAAAAUGAGGACCAAAGUAAAUAAUGCCUCGGCCGUUGCAUUCAGCAAGAAUUUGAAGGAAAGAGGGCCAAUUCCACACAGAGGGCAGAUUAAAAUGAAGAUUGCGGCAAAGGCAAUACAGUCGCUCGUGUCUAUAAUGUCAUCAUCUUCGUCUCACCAUUUGGGUACGCCGAGAAAAAGAAGCUAUAUAUUGACAUGCUACCUUCGUCCAAGUCCACUUUCUCGAGCUCAAACAAUUGUGGCUAAUUUACUCGACCAUCAUCAACAAGAACAACUUAAAACAGCUGAUGAUCAGAUGAUAGCCGAAGAUUGUUUUUUCAAUGACCUCUAUUUUCUUAGACCACUUUGA